GGACGUGGGUGGCCACGCUCCUAAGCAGAAAGCUAGUAAAGUAAAGGCACUCUAUUAGCCGGUUUAACGCUGUGACCCUUAUUCCAAGAGGUAGAGAUGAGCAGGUUCGAUAUCCUUGAUUCGACGAAUUUACAAGUCUUCUUGUACUUAGUGACAAGUUUGAAUGAGCUGCAUUGUCCGCAACAAUUACCCAGACACCAAUAGAAUGAUUGCAUUGCUCACUAUACUCCUUGGCGACUGGACUGGUGGAUGAUUCUUCAAAAGUUAUUCUCUUCUUCAAGUGCUGCAGCUGAAGUUCUUUCUGCCAAAGAUAAACAAGUUGCUCCCAAGAUUAUCCGAGGACGAACUCAUGUGGCACAGGUAAAACAACAAGGAGUACAUGAAUCUAUCAUCCGCAAUGUGAAAUUUUCGUUCAGGAGCUGGGAAUUUGAUCCUAUGGAUCUACAAAAUCCAUUUCCAAGCAAUGAAGGCUCUGUUCAUGUAUGGCAAGGGGAUGAAGAUGGGGUUGUGUCAGUCGCAUUGCACCUCUACAUUGCUCAACGGCUUCCUUGGAUUCACUAUCAUGAGGUAUCAGGUUCUGGACAUCUUUUACUGUAUGUUGAUGGUGUGUGCGAUGCCCUCAUAAAGGCAAUGCUAACAGGACACAAGUAUGAUAAAAAAAGUAGAAUGAAUUGUUUCUUGUCUCUGUCCUGAAGAUGUUUUUUAGAUAAAUUUCCAGCUCUACUGAUUAGAGUUUGAAUCUCAUGAAAGAUUACUGUUUCUGCUCUAACAUAGCAAGCCAUCAAUCCAUUGAAUAAAUUUACUUCAUAUCUUGGGGAGAAACAUGUUUUUUUAAGCUUUGUGUGUAUGUGUGCAUUAUAUUGUCGUAACAUUCAUGCUGCAAGGUAUGAUGGCAUCUAAUUUUAUGCAAUUGUGUUGUACAUUCGCGGUUAUGACCUCAUUGCGGUAGCAUUGGCUUGACUAGAAAGCAAGUAAUGAGUCUGCUGGUGAAGCACUCAGAACACCAUUGAAGAUUCCUU